AUGACCGCUGCAUUCGCCCUACUCGUCUUGGUGGCUCUUAUGGCCAUGGCCAGCGCCCUUCCGAAGGUCCUGCCCAAAUCUGGCUCUUCGCCGCACGCGUACGAUUCCCUUUACCACCCAGUCGAAGGCCCAAAGGUCUAUCCACUCUCGUCGACCGAAUCGCACGCGUGGCCGCUACCACUGGCAUGGACUCAGUCUACUCAAUCCCUCGCCCAUGCAAGCCUUGGCGACGACACCCUCUCGCCAGCCGCUGGCCUGAACUGGCACCUGACCAAUUUCAAUGGAUCAAUCGAAAUCCCAGCCCUCUUUCCCUCUCAAGCUCAUCUCGAUCUCAUACAGGCGGGCACCAUCCGCGAGCCAAGCAUCGAGCUCGACGAGGGUCCUGCUCGCUGGAUCAUCAACGACACAUGGACUUGGACCGCCUCGCUCCUCCCGCUAGCCAAAGCCAUCUCUGCCCACAAAGAGCUGCUCCUCUUCUUUCGCGGUCUGGACACGGUCUGCAAAAUCUUCGUGGGCGGCGAACCUCUCGCGGUGACGGACAAUGAGUUUCGCGAGUACCUCUUUCUCAAUGCCACGCCGCUUCUCAAGGAUGCGGCGAGCAUCGGGUCCAACCUCACGUUGAUCUUCCAGAGCGCUGCCAAUUACUCGAAGCAGGCGAGUAUAGACCAUCCUCACACUCCGUGGCCUGACGGGCUUGCUCAAACCUAUCAGUAUCCGUACCGGCAGGAUAUACGCAAAGGGCAGAGCGACUUUGGCUGGGACUGGGGGCCAGCGUAUUUGCCCACCGGGCCGGUCAGGCCUGCAUACAUCGUGGGACUAGACGACGAGAAUGACGCCAAUCGAACAUCCGUCGACGGUAACAGUACCUCGCUCUUCGUCGCCCGCUCCUCGCUCGACGUGUACCGCGAGGGCAGCUUCAACAACUUGCCUCCCAAUCAGCAUGCUUCCUGGAUCGUCAAUGCUACGAUGGACAUUUACGCCCUGCAUGACCUGCCUGGCGCGCAACUCGACAUCACUGUGCUCGGCACGAAGCAUGCUGCCACCAACGUUACCCUCUCCCGUCCUCUGCGGGCGGGUCUCAAUGAAGGCGUAUGGGCGACGAUGAAGGUUCCCGCUACAGGGCCUAACGCACCCGACCUGUGGUGGCCAGCACGUCAUGGCAAGCCUACCCUCUACGACGUCGAGAUGGGCCUCACCGCUCCUCGUCUCCGCGACACCCGCACAUCAUGGCGCAAACGUACAGGCUUCCGCACGAUUGUCGUCAAUCAAGAGCCAGUCACGACCGCUGAGGUAGCACGAGGCUGGGCUCCCGGCUCACACUGGCAGGUUGAAGUCAACGGCAAGCCCGUCUACACGCACGGUGCCAACCUCAUCCCUCUCGAUACAUUUGCGCCGCGUGUCUCCCUCGACUCAAUCGACUGGCUCACCUCAUCGGUGCUCGCCACGGGAGGCAAUCUGAUCCGGAUCUGGGGAGGCGGGAUCUAUCAACCCGACGCUCUUUACGACCUCUGCGACGAAAAGGGCAUCAUGCUCUGGUCCGAAACCAUCUUUGCCGAUUCGAUGUAUCCAAUCAAUCCGCCCUUCUUGGAGAGCGUCCGGCACGAGGUGAGGGAGAAUGUCCUGCGCCUCAAUCACCACCCAUCGCAGAUGCUCUGGGCAGGCAACAAUGAGGGAGAGCCCGUGCUUUUCCUCGUCGCUGAUGGCCCCAAGGUCAGCAAGGAAAAUCGCACCCGCUUCUACCGCGAGUAUGAGCUGCUCUUUGAUGAGGUGAUCCUGGGUGAAGUGAAGGGCCAUAGCAGGAAGGACUCGUACAUUCCGAGCUCGACGACGUACGGGUACAAGAAGCUUGAUCCGUACGUGCCGAGGUACAAAGAUUUCCCCAAGAAUGAGGUGCACGGCAACGGCGAAUAUUACGGCUACUCUGCACCUCAAUUCUUCAACACCAGCGCGUACACCUUCUCGUCACCGUUUCGCAUGGUCAACGAGUAUGGCAUGCAUGCCAUGGCGUCUACCCAUGGUCUCGAGCGCGUCCUGGCCCCAGCUACCAGCGCGCCGCAACAAUGGUCUUUCAACUCCACACAGAUCGUCAGCCACAACAAACAUUCUCCUCCUGGCAACCUCACCUUCCCCUUUUUCCCGGAGGACGGGCAAGGGCAGAUGAGCGAUGCGGUCAAGCUUUACUUGCCCACGCCGGCCGCAAGGGCGAAUGGCACGCUGCAGAUCAGACAGUGGAGUUAUGCGACGCAGCUCAUCCAGCUCAUUUACGUCGCGCAAGCCCAGACCCUCGAGUAUCGUCAUCGCGGCAUCGGACCGCAGCGCAAUAGUGGCGCGGUGUACUGGCAGUUGAAUGACGUUUGGCCUGGCUCGACGAGCUGGUCCAGCAUUGAGCUUGGCGGCAGGUGGAAGCCCCUGCAUUAUGGCAUGGCAAAAGCUCAAGCUCCUCUGGUGGUGUAUGCGAAUUGGAACGCAACAAUCGUCGGAGAAGAGCCAACGCUCAGCUUGGUAGCACUCUGGGAUCGGGAGACUGCGCCUAACGGUGGCAAAGUCAGGGCUACGUGGUACGACUGGGAGGGCAAGGCCGUCGGUGCAUCGCGAGAGUACGAGAUUGACAUCGAUCAGAAAGACAGCGAGGCCAAUGAGCAGGAUACCGUUGGCGGGCAAGUGAUCACUUCGCCUGCGCCGCUGGCCAAGUACGUGUCUCCAGGAGUCGAUACGACCGCGGUGUGGCUUCAUCUUGAGGUCAAGGCCGACUCGAUUUCCACUGCGGCCGGCGCGCAGCAGGAAUCCUACAGUUGGGAAGAUUUCUGGACUCCUCCCGGCAACCUCGCUUCACCUGCGACGCUCAAGGCUCUGCAAGAAUUAGGGCAGGGCAAAGUAGAGCUACGUGAGCUCCGACGAGGCAGCGAAAAGGAGCCGGACGACGAUCGUCGCGUCAGCGAGGGAAGGAAGAGCGUGACGCGUCGGUUUGAGGUGGUCAAUACCGGCACAAAAGUGGCGCCUUACGUCUGGCUGGACCAUCCAGAAGGGACGUUAGGCUGGUUUGAGGAGGAGCAUAGCGGCGCAAAGAGUGUGGCGCACGGCUCGAUACGGCGUUCUCGCCAGCAGCGUCAAAGCGUCCUUUUGCGCGAAGAGGAUCAAACGAGCAGGGUCAUCCAUACGCGAGCCGGCUCGCGCGACCACGGCUCGUCGCCCAAAGCUAAGCCGAACAAUCUCUUUUGGCUUCGGCCUGGCGAAAGGCGCGUCGUGCGCUUCGUGCAGCGCUACGGUGGUCAGAAGGAGGAGGGGCACUUUGAUGUUUGGAGCUUGGCUGAGUUAUUGCGGAAGACGUGA